UUUUAGUUUUGUGCUAGAAGUCAAAAGGACGUAGUAAUACUUGAGUAAAGUUGUGAAUUGUGUGGUGAAACAAGAGAAGUUCCUUUUUCUACUUUCAAGGAUUUUCCAAUGUAAAAUGUCAUUUCUCUCACCGACACUCAAAAUCGAAAACCUUGCCAAGGAACCAGAAUUGGUCCAGGAUCAUUUAGCCGAAGAAAAUCGUUAUGCUCGAGGUAAUUUUGUGGCCCGAUGGUGUGUUCCAAUAAAUGGAAAAAUGUAUCGCAUUGAGUUUGAUCAUGGCACUACGAGUGGAAGACGAAUGAUUUGGGUUAAUGGAAAAGAAAUAAUUCGACGAGAUUGGAUGUUCAAGCUUGUUGGUGAUGAUUCAUUUAAAAUUGACAAUGCAAGGUGCAUAAUAAGAGUUGAUCCUGCACCAGGUUUUAAAUAUGAAUAUUCACUUUAUAUCGAUGGAAGACCUCAUAAGCAAUAUACCGAGGAGCAAGCAAGGACUUUAAAGACAUGGUUAACAGUCGUCGAUGGGGUGGAAUACAGGGUUGUAUUAGAACUGGAUUCUUUGAAUGUUUUCAUCAAUGACCAACUAAGAAGUGAAAUGGGUGACUUUGUCGAUGGCGGAACUGAUACAGAUUUUGAAGAGAAUGGAGUUAAAUUCCAAUUGUGUGCUCGCUUAGGUAGCGAGAGUAAUGGCAUUCGGCAUUCACUAAAAGUUAAUGGAGAAAUCAUACCAGAAGUCAGUUUAAUUGAUUUGGAUGAAAAAGAUGUGAAAUAAGUGUAAGAAAAUUUUGAGAUAAGCUAAAUUGUGAUAUAUAUUUAAUUGGACAUUCUAACUGUAUACGCAUUUUAUUGUAUUAA